CAGUGUGUUUGUGUGUGUGGAGUGUGUAUGUGCGUUUGCAGUAAAAGCCAACAAAAGAGUGACGAGGGGGCUGUUAAAAGGAGCAAUUUUUGACACAACAAAGGAAGGUCUCGGCUGGUCUGGAUUAAAUGUAGCCCGUAGACGUGGUCCGUGCGUCUGUGUUGGUUGUUGUGUAGGAAGAGAGAAGAAAGGAGGAUGGGGGCACAUCAUAAAGUGUAAAAUACGCAAUCAGCCUUGGCAGUAGUGUGCGUGUGUUACGGAACACAAGGCUUUUACGUGCGUACACAAACACACACACACUAAAACGCACACAGUCGCAGUCGGGUGGCAGUGCUGCCUGCCCUGAAUUACAUAUGCGCGCUGACUGCUGCAGUGCUGCCAGCAAUACACUUUGUUUCGAAUCUGUCACUGAACGUCGUCAAACGCGAGAUAGGAUACGUGUGUGUGCGUGUUAUUAGAAGAAGAACAAAAAGCAACGUUUGAAAAGGAAGCAAAUAUAUGCCCUGCGGGUGCGUGUGUGUACCUCUUGUGAGAGGAAAAGAGACCAAAGAGUGUAGAAACGCACACACACACACACACGUUCACGCAACACACUCGCAUAACCAUGGGCGCCUGCAAGGGUGUGUGCGUGCGAAGUGUAGAAGUGUACGUGCAGGAAGCGAACGAAUAGAACGACGGAGCGCCGCCAGGUAGCGCGAGCACUGACCAAGAACUGACCCCAACACGACUGCAGAAGGCAGGCAGGCAGUCAUAUCAUUGUACUGCACACGACCGAGCGCACACGUUUUCUGUCCCGAGGAACCAUUUCCCAAGUCGUCUCCUCUGUCGCUUAUCUCUGUGUGCCCUUUAUUGUUGUGUUGUGCUUCACUGUGCAGUGCUGUGCGUGCCUUCCCUCUUCCAGCAAGGCAAAGAUGGUGGCGGCCACCCUUGUGUGUCGAAGUCGUAGUCGCUGCUACCGUUGUUGGUGACGACAGAGUGUAGUAGGCGGCGCUGUGGUGUGGCGUGAACCGUCCAUUUUGUCCGUGAGACAAACGGCAGGGCAGCAGCAGGAUCAUCCGCUCCGGAGCAGCCAAAAGAGCGGCAACGACGACGGGGCGAUCGCGAGUGGCAGGUGGAGGCGCGCAGAAAAGGAAGACUAAAUCGCAACAGCCCAGCAAAGAGGACGAAAAGCACGUGGCCGUGUGAACUAAAGCUUGGCUAAAGCACACACACACACACACAUCCCGCUAGCACAAGAGUCGUUCACUGACGCCACUGCCACCACACAGACACCACCAUGGAGCUGCGCGUUGGCAACAAGUACCGGCUCGGGCGGAAGAUCGGUUCCGGUUCGUUCGGGGACAUCUAUCUCGGCACGAACAUCUCCACCGGCGAGGAGGUCGCGAUCAAGCUCGAAUGCAUCAAGACAAAGCACCCGCAGCUGCACAUCGAGAGCAAGUUCUACAAAAUGCUCCAGGGUGCGGUCGGCAUCCCGACGAUCAAGUGGUGCGGCUCGGAGGGCGACUACAACGUGAUGGUGAUGGAGCUGCUCGGCCCGUCGCUCGAGGAUCUGUUCAACUUUUGCUCGCGCCGCUUCACGCUUAAGACGGUGCUGCUGCUCGCCGACCAGAUGAUCUCGCGCAUCGACUUCAUCCACUCGCGCAGCUUCAUCCACCGAGACAUCAAGCCGGACAACUUCCUGAUGGGGCUCGGCAAGAAGGGCAACCUGGUGUACAUCAUCGACUUCGGGCUGGCGAAAAAGUACAAGGACUCGCGCAGCAUGUCCCACAUCCCGUACCGGGAAAACAAAAACCUCACCGGCACGGCCCGGUACGCUUCGAUCAACACGCACCUGGGCAUCGAGCAGUCGCGCCGGGACGAUCUCGAGUCGCUCGGGUACGUGCUGAUGUACUUUAACCUCGGCACGCUGCCCUGGCAGGGGCUGAAGGCGGCCAACAAGCGCCAGAAGUACGAGCGGAUCUCGGAGAAGAAGCUGUCCACGCCGGUCGAGGAGCUGUGCAAGGGGUACCCGCGCGAGUUCAGCCUCUAUCUCGCGUACUGCCGCCACAUGGACUUUAUCCAGCGGCCGGACUACUGCUAUCUGCGCAAGCUGUUCCGCACGCUCUUCCACCGGCAGGGCUUCGUGUACGAUUACGUGUUCGACUGGAAUAUGCUCAAGUUCGGGCGGCCGAACCUGAACGCGUUCACCAGCAUGAAGCGUGGCCAGAGCCGGACACCCAGUGCCACCCAGAACGAGCAGCAGCAGCAACAGCAGCAGCAGCAGGUGCAACAGCAGCAGCAGGUGCAGCAGGUGCAGCAGCAGCAGCAACAGAAGCAAAUCGGCAACACCACCUCGGUAACGACACCGUCCAAAGUAGCCGGUGGCGGCGGCGGUGUGGUAGUAGCCGGCGGCGUCAACAGCGUCAACAAUGCCAACAACAGCAGCAGCGUCGGUACCGCGCUCGUCAGCAGCCACGCAACCUCGGGCGGCGGCGUGGUCGGUGGCAACAGUGCGGCGACAGCGGCGGCCGUAGCGGCUGCCGCCGCCGCCGACAAGAACAAGGAAAUGUCGCCCCAGACGCGCCACCUGCUGCAGCAUUUCAUACGGACGGAGCUACAGAAGGGCCAGCCGCCGGGCGGUGCGGGUGGAAGCGUGCAGCAACAGCAGCAACCCGGCGGCAUGGUGAUGGGCGGCGGACCACAAACUCUCGGCGGCCAACCGUCGGCGCACAGUAACAACAUCAACAACAACAGCGGCGUCGGGGGCGGCGACCCGAGCGUGGAUGCGGCGGUGGUGGCCGCUUCCUUCUCGCGGCACGAAACGCCCGAGCGCCGCUCCUCGAUUCGUCUGCGCGGGCAAAAUCUGGACGCACGGAAUGCGGAAUAAUAUUAAAUGUUUCUCUAAUUUGUUUACUUCCAUCCCGCGCGUGCACACACACACCCACACUGUGUCGAUGUUCAACACGACACGUUCUGGACACACACACACACAGAGGAAUACACACGUUCUAAAGAAGAGAGUGGAAAUCUGUUGGAAAUACUUUUUGGUGAUGUUUUCCUACAAAUCAAUUGCUUUUUGAGUUAUUGAAUUUUGUUCUCUCCAUUGCUCCGUUGAGUGUCAUCAGCAUCUAUCUCCCAAACAAAUUAUCCCUAUAAAAUAUUAGGUCACAAACAAAAACAAUGGUCCAUUUCUCCAAACAGAUUCCAAACAAGUUUACAUCAUAGUAGGUAUCGAAUCAGAGACAACUCUCAAAACCAAUCACCUAGGUAACAAGUGAAACGCGCAAGCAAAGGAGAUAAACAGACGAGCUGUGGCUGCGGCAAAUGUGGGGAGGAGGGGGUAACAACCGAACACACAAUUAGUGAUUGUGGAAUGAUGGAUGAUACCGCAUUUGGUACGAUAUUUGGCAUAUGUGGAGCACUAGGGCUAGGACGUAAACAAACGGAUUGCUCACCGCUUAGAAGCUCUCGCGCGCGUGUUGCUGUAUGAUAGGAAGAGGAAACAUGAUGUGUAAGUAGCGCGCAUACGACUACGCUACAUGCCUAGCAAAACUAGUAAAACAAAGUAUAGAAAAGGGAAGUAAAACCGCGGCACACAUAAAUAGAGGGAGGUAGAUUGCAAGAGAAUUAACGCUCGCGCGCCAGGACAAAGUCACUGUUCUUUAUUUUAAAGGCAUGUCGACUGAUAAUCCGAUCCCCCUCCAUAAACGUUUUGGAGUUACACACAAACAAACACAAAAAAAACACACACACACACACACAACCACACAGUUAAAGAGCAACACAGUGCUCUACUACCGCGCAAGGAUUAGAGGAGGAAAUCGCAAAGAAAAAAGGGAAAAUCAAUCGAAUUAUGUGAACUUUUUCCUAGGUCGUCAUACUCGCUUGUAUGUUGUUAUUUUAUUGUUUCCUUAUGUUUCGGUAAACUCAUUGUGAAGAGAGAGAGAGAGAGAGAGAGAGAGAGAGAGAGAGAGAGAGAGAGAGAGAGAAAA